GACACAACCAGUCGGCCAUCAGAGUGUACGAUGGCGUGCAUUAAGCUGAAGCAGCUCGAGCAGUUCCUGCAGACGGUGGAUGACUUUAACGAGCCAAAGGUGCGGCUCGAACAGUACACCACGCCGUCGCACAUCGCUAGCCAGGCACUGUACGCGAUACAAACCCGGCACGGCGAUCUGGACGGCCGGACAGUGCUCGAUCUGGGCUGCGGACCGGGGAUGCUAUCGAUCGGGGCCGCCCUGCUCGGUGCCGACCUGGUUGUUGGGGUGGAAAUCGAUCCGGACGCUAUCGAGGUCUUCCGGAGCAACUGCGACGAGUUCGAGCUGGAAAACGUGCAGUGUGUGCAGGCGGACGUGCUGCGGCUGCCGGAGAUCUUUGCCGACCGGCAGCGGCCAUUCGAUACGGUGCUGCUGAAUCCACCAUUUGGGACGAAGCAGAACAGUGGCGCCGACAUGGCCUUUCUCAAGGUCGCCAUCACGCUGGCCCGCGGUGCCGUCUAUUCGCUGCACAAGUCCGCCACCAGGGAGCACGUCAAAAAGAAGGCACAGGAGUGGAAGGUGCGCCCGAGCCUGAUUGCCGAGCUGCGGUACAAUCUACCCCAGACGUACAAAUUUCACAAACGCACGAGCGUGGACGUGGCCGUCGAUCUGUGGCGGUUCGAGUGCGGCGAUGCGGCCUAGUAAGGCCGCCAACGGUUGAACGGAACUAGCAGGAUUUGAGAGAUUGUUAUCUAAGUGUGUAAAAGACAGCUAAAAGACGGGUCGGUGUAAAAAUGGCAGGGUGCAAGAACAAAACUAGUGUGAAAACACAUUUGCUAGAUAAUUUUGAGAAUGUUGUAGAGAAUUGUGCACCACAAGGGUACAGGGUGGUGGAGUGGUUACACAGCUAUCGGGGGGGGGGGGGGGACUUUUGCGACAAUUAAUAGCGAUUCAAGUAGUAGUAUGUAAACAAUUCAAUCUCGGCCUCCUCGGACCUUUUACUCAGAACGUACCCGUAUUAAUAGAGCGCGCUCUAUGUUGCGACGAUUAUUCCCUUUUCCUCUUAGACAACGCUGAAAAAAAGACCACGGUAGCUUGAAAUAUUAAACCUCAAUGAACGCCUUUCUGCACUAACACUAACUCAGCAAAGCAAUGGAACUUUUACAAAUCAUGUUAUAGUUUUGUAAAGUCGUUAGGCCAUGAAAAAGACGUUUCAAUAAUGAUAGUCAAAUUGCAGCGAUAUUAACGACAAGUUUUGACGUACGAUGCGUAAUCAAUUGCGCUGCGUGUAUAUAAGGACGAGACGGCAAGGAGAGCAGCAGCAGCACACGCUUGCAAGAGAUCAAACUUGAUUGGUUUAAGAUGCGUUUUUUUGUUUGUUUCUGCUUGAUUUAUGUACGCGAUUGUGCCUGGAUUUCAAGAAAGGUUCUUAUCCGUUUGUACAAAUAACAAUUGCCGGCGGCUUACUGUAAGGAGGUGUAGCGUUGCUCGGACAGGUUGUAGUUCAUAAUAAAAGUUCAGGGAGAAUAAAAAUCAAUUUCACAGCCGUUGAUA